CACGAACAUCUCCAAUCCAUCAUGGCGUCCAAGAUCCUCGACAAGAGCACUGCAAUGAAACAUGAGGCAGAGGUCGACAAUCCCGAACAACCGGCCUUUGACAUAAUUCCUCCUGUUGCAUGGUACACAGAUGCUGGCCUGCUAAAGCUCUAUGCUAUGAUCAUCAUUCCAUUUCUUAGUGCCACGACAAAUGGAUAUGAUGGCAGUCUGCUGAACGGAUUACAAACUAUGGAGCCCUGGCAGAACUAUUUCAACAAUCCUAGUGGCAGCACUCUGGGCCUGUUCAGCGCUAUAUUGCAAGUUGGAUCUUUCUGUGCCAUAUUCUUCUCAUCAUACCUCGCGGAUCUUCUCGGUCGUAGAGCUGGCAUCACAGUAGGCAUGGUUGUCCUGCUGAUCGGUGUCGUCCUUCAAGUCGUCCCAACAGUGGACACAGGCAUAUCGAAUAUUGCUCAAGGCUCAGCACCGCUCCUCAUCUUGGAACUUGCCCACCCAGCUCAUCGAGGCAAGGUUACGACAAUGUACAACACGCUUUGGUGUGUCGGCGCAAUCGUCGCCGCUUGGACUGUCUUUGGAACAACGACUUAUACCACAAGCGCGGCUUGGAGAAUUCCCACAGCUGUUCAGGCAGUCAUGCCGUUGAUUCAGUUGGUCGGCAUUUGGCUCCUUCCGGAAAGUCCCAGAUGGCUCGUCUCAAAGGACCGCCACGAACAAGCUCUGAAAUACCACGCAAACGGCAACGAUCAAGACCCUUUGGUACAGAGUGAAUAUCUCGAGAUUCGCGAAACUCUGCGCGCCGAAAAAGAAUUCUCCACUCAAGGCUGGAAAGGCAUGCUCAGCAACAAAGGCAACAGAAGACGCAUCACACUCAUCGCCCUCGUCUCUUUCUUCUCCCAAUGCUCUGGCAACGGACUGGUAUCUUACUACCUUCACGACAUCCUCGAGAGCGUCGGCAUGACAGAUUCCUACGAUCAAGCCCUUUUCAAUGGAGGUCUCCAGAUUUACAACUUCCUGAUCGCGGUACUAUUCUCAGUCACGCUUGUCGACAAACUCGGACGCAGAAAAUUGUUCUUGAUUGCUGCUGUUGGUAUGUUGAUAACUUUUAGCAUUUGGACGGCGUGUUCGGCUGUGUACAGUCAAACUGGCAAUGAGGCAGCCGGAAAAGCAGUAUUAGCCAUGAUUUUCCUCUUUUAUGGUAUGGCUGGUUUUGCAUGGCCAGGUCUGACGGUUGCGUACCCUGCUGAGAUUCUACCCUUCAACAUCAGAGCCAAGGGAAUGGCAUUGCUUAUGGCGUUCCAGUCUCUUGCAUCGGUGUUGAACCAAUACGUCAAUCCGAUCGGCUUGGAGAGCAUUGCAUGGAAGUUCUACUUUGUCUACAUCGUCAUCUUGGUCAUCGAGUGUGUGGUUAUCUACAUGUACUUCCCAGAGACCCGCGGACUCACUCUGGAAGAAGUCGGACAUCUUCUUGACGAUGAUGAGAUGAGUGAUGUUGUUCAUGCGCGCUUGGAAAAGGUUGCUUCGAUCGAGGCUGUGCAUCAAGAAGUGGUUGGAGAAAAACAAAAAAGUGUAGACAGAAAGUCAUGA